AUGGCGGGCGCCACCAGCGCGGCCCACGUGCUGGCGCUGCUGGACGAGGACGAGGACAGCCUCAAGCUCUACGCCCUGCAGCAGCUGGAUAGGAGCGGGCACGACUUCUGGUUCCAGAUAUCAAGCUCUAUCGCAGCCAUCGAGGCUCUCUACGAGGACGAGGACUUCAGCCACCGCGAACUGGCAGCGCUGGUGGCCUCCAAGGUCUUCUACCACCUGGGAGACCUGGACGAUGCGCUGACCUAUGCCCUGGGUGCCGGCAGCCUGUUUGAUGUCAACAGCAGCGCCGAGUAUGUGCAGACCAUCCUGGCGCGCUGCAUCGACACCUAUGUGGAGCAGCGGGUGAAGGAGGCGGAGGGCGGGGGUGCCAGCCUGGAUGGCCGGCUGGUGGCGAUCGUGGAGCGGCUGUUUGAGAGGUGCUACUCGGAUGGGCAGUACGAGCAGGCGGUGGGCAUCGCGCUCGAGUCGCGGCGGCUGGACCAGCUGGAGAGAGCCAUCACCUCGAGCCCAGAUGCGGUGCGCACGCUCAAGUAUGCACUGGAAGUCAGCCAGAAGCUGGUGGUGAGCCGCGACUUCCGCAACCAGGUUCUGCGCCUGGUGGUGCGGCUUUACGAGGGCGUAGCGGCCCCCGACUACGCCGCCAUCUGCCGCUGCCUCAUGUUCCUGGAUGAUCCUGAGGAGGUGGCCGCCAUCCUGUUCCGCCUGCUGGGGGGCAGCGACGACGAUGCGCUGCUGGCGUACCAGAUUGCCUUUGACCUGGUGGAUGCGGAGCUGCAGGCGUUCAUGGGCAAGGUGAACGCCAGGCUGGACCAGCUGGCGCCGAGCCCCGCUCCCGCAGCCGCCCCCGCGCCUGCUGCCGGGGAGGCCGCCGCGCCGCCUGCUGCCGCCGAGGGCGGCGACCAGAUGGAGAUGGACCAAGCUGCUGCGGCGGCGGCCCCUGCAGCAGAGGAGGACGCCUCGCCCUUUGCCAAGCGCCUGUCGCGGUUCAAGAGCGUGAUGAGCGGCGCGGUGCCCAUCGAGCUGGAGCGCCAGUUCCUGGCUCGCCACAACCACGCCGACCUACAGAUCCUUAAGAACAUCCGGGCCACGGUGGAGCCGCGCAACAGCGUGUGCCACUCAGCCACCGUGUUUGCCAACUCGCUCAUGCAUUGCGGCACCACCGUGGACGCCUUCCUGCGGGAGAACCUGGACUGGCUGAAGAAGGCAACCAACUGGGCCAAGUUUUCAGCCACGGCAGGCCUGGGCGUGAUCCACAGAGGCAACGUGGGCAAGAGCCGCGCCAUCAUGGCUCCCUACCUGCCCUCUGCCCCCGGCGGCUCCACACCCAGCCCCUACUCAGAGGGCGGCGCCCUGUAUGCUCUGGGCCUGAUCCACACCAGCCACGGCGCCGACGUGCGCGAGUUUCUGUUGGGCUCGCUGCGCGGCACGCAGCACGAGGUCACGCAGCACGGCGCGUGCCUGGGCCUGGGCAUUGCGGCGCUGGGCACAGAGGAUGAGGAGGCGUUUGAGGAUGUGAAGAACGUGCUUUACAUGGACAAUGCAGUGGCGGGGGAGGCGGCCGGCCUCAGCCUGGGCCUGCUGUUUGCGGGGAGCGGCACCGACAAGGCGGCCGAGCUGCUGGCGUAUGCGCAUGAGACGCAGCACGAGAAGAUCAUUCGGGGCGUGGCUGUGGGCCUGGCGCUGGUGCAGUAUGGGCGGGAGGAGGCGGCGGAGGGGAUGAUUGAGCAGAUGACCCGCGAGCUGGACCCCAUCCUGCGCUAUGGCGGCAUGUUUGUGACGGGGCUGGCGUACUGCGGAACCUCCAACAACGCCGCCAUCCAGAAGCUGCUGCACUUUGCGGUGUCGGAUGUGUCCAACGACGUGCGGCGCGCCGCCGUGCUCAACCUCGGCUUCCUGCUGGCCUCCACCCCGGAGCAGUGCCCCAAGAUUGUCAGCCUGCUGGCCGAGAGUUACAACCCACACGUUCGGUACGGCGCGGCAAUGGCUGUGGGGAUUGCCUGCGCGGGGACGGGCAUGCGGGAGGCAAUGGCGUUGCUGGAGCCGCUGGUCAAGGACAGCGUCGACUUUGUGCAGCAGGGCGCGCUGAUUGCGCUGGCGCUGGUGCUGGUGGAGCAGCCGGAGAGCAAGGCCAAGACACUGCGCGGCCACAUCGACAGGCUGUACGGCAACAAGGGCGCAGAGAUCAUGACCCGCAUGGGCGCCAUCAUGGCGGCAGGCAUCCUGGAUGCGGGCGGCUGCAACGCGACCCUGGGCCUGCGCUCUCGCUCGGGACACUUCAGGCGCACCGCCGUGAUCGGGCUGGCGCUGUUCACGCAGUACUGGUACUGGUACCCGCUGUCGUACUGCAUCAGCCUGGCGGUACAGCCCACCGCCCUCAUCGGCGUGGAUGCCUCGCUGCAGGCGCCCAAGCACUUCCAGGUGGUGAGCAACUGCAAGCCCUCCCAGUUUGCCUAUGCGCCGCCCGUCAAGGUGGAUGACAAGAAGGACAAGGCUAAGCUGCCCACCGCGGUGCUUUCCACCACCGUGCGCGCCAAGGCCCGCGCCGCCAAGAAAGCCAAAGACGCCGCAGCCGGCGACGGCGGCGGCGGCGCGGCGGCGGCGGCUGCGACGCCGCCAGAGGCCAUGGAUACAGACAAGCCGGCGGGCGGCGAGGCUGCUGCCGCCGCCGCUGCCGCGGAUGGCGAGAAGAAGGAGGGCGGGGAGGCAGAGGAGGGCGGGGAGAAGAAGAAGGAGGAGAAGGCGGCUCCGGAGCCUGCCAGCUUCACGGUGGACAACCCCGCCCGCGUGGCGCCAGGCCAGCGCAAGUACAUCUCCUUCCCGCCAGGCCAGCGCUUCCAGCCCAUCCGCCCCGCGCCCUCGGGCUUUGUGCUGCUGCGGGACAGCCAGCCCGACGGCGGCGAGGUCGAGUAUCUGUUCCAAGAAGACAAGCCCGCAGCCGCAGCCGCCCCCGCCGCCGCCGCAGCCGCGGCCGAGGGCGCCGCCGCGCCCGCGGCUGCUGCCGGCGCCGGCGACGAGCCGCCGCCGCCGGAGCCUUUCGAGUACGUCCCAAGCUGA